GCGGCGAAAGAUGGAUGAUGAAAAUGAAGGAAGGUUACUUAUGGAAGGAGAAGCCCCUGCUGUGCCAGAAAUCAAAUAUGAAUAUUUGGACCAUACUGCAGAUGUUCAAAUUCACUCCUGGGGUGCAGACCUAAAGGAAAGCUUUGAGCAGUGUGCCAUGGCCAUGUUUGGCUACAUGACCACAGACCUGUCUCGGGUGGACAUGGUUCAGGUGCAUGAGAUCGAAGUCCAAGCUGAUGAUAUGCUGAAUCUGUUGUACCAUUUUCUGGACGAGUUCCUGUUCCUUUUCUCUGCAGAGCCAUUCCUCAUAGCUCGGGUGGUGAAGAUUACAGAGUUUGACGCUGAAAAUUUCAGACUGAAAGCAGAAGGGUAUGGCGAGCCUUUCGAAAUUAGCAAACACCCACAGGGGACUGAGGUGAAGGCCAUCACUUACUCCAACAUGCAAGUACACAAAGAUUCGGAGAACAACGACAUCUUUGUCAUUAUUGAUAUAUAAACAGAAUGUGUCUUUUUGGGUGGUUGAAGGGUUCUCUGGUGUGGUAUGCUCCUUCUUUCCUAUCAAGAAUCUAUUGUCCUUAUCUCUCCUCCUUUUUUGGGUUUGUUACUGUCUUGUUACAUCUCCAAUUUUCAACUCGUGUAUCGUCACCCUGCUGGAAAACUGCCGUAACUCAAAAACUGCAAUUUUCCAGGAGAGAGAAAAAACUGAUUGAUUUCUUUAAAUAGAUUAAAAUAGCCAAGACAGAAGAGUCAAACUUGAAGUCGGUGAGUAGUGAGUAGAACACACAUCUGCAUGCUUUAGCGGUACCAAAAAAUUGGAAUUCCUCUUUGUUAUCUAGUUAUGGCAUUUUAAAGACUGACAUAUUUGCAGCUUUAACUAUCCCACAACAGAAGUCUUGUAUGUGGAGUUGCAACAGUUUACCUCUGGAAUGUUGACCCCGACAUGAUGUUUUUCAAUGGAAUGCUGCAGUAACUAAAGUUAUGACCAAAAUCCACCUUGAAAGUGCCAUUUCAAUAGCAAUAUACGACACAUUGAAGUAUUUUAAAAACUUAAUGAUUGUGGGGAAAUCAUGUAAAACCUUCAAUAGAAUAGUCCUCAACAGCUUUGCAUUUGAUUUGAUAAUGAACUUAACAUGUCAUCAUUGAAACCGUGCUUGAUUUGAGAGGAACAAAAAAUAUAUUAAAGAUAAGACUAAUUCCUACAAGCAAUCUUACGAAUUGGGUAAUUCACAUUUAUAUCAAGUUUAUUAAUAACUUCAAGUAUUGGCGUAUGAGAUUCUCAA